AUGCCUGCCAAACCAAUCCUCCAUCCGUUGCGGACGCCCAAGAAUAUGACGUUCCCCUCGGAACUGCAACCAGACAAUGGAGUGAGGCUAGGCGCUCCAGGAAAGCAACAAGAUGAGAGUCUCUCAACACCUAUCACACCUCCCGCUGCAUACACCGAAUUCCUCAAAUCAUUCACGCCUGUCUUCACCCCGGAUGGCAAUGGAGGUACCGUCACCCGCUUCGUCUGGGACAAGGCCAACAAGACCCCCACAUCCCAACCAGCCAGCGCAGUCAGUGGUUCAUUCAGCUUCCCCGAACCAACCAGACCAGCUACAGCAACAUUACCACCUCCAUCUCCCUAUGGAAGUGCACCGCACGGUCGUGACAUGAUGAGUCUGCGUCGCUUGCGCAUCCCGCCGCCAAUGCGGUAUUCACCUACGCUGGAGACGCCGCGCAGUGCAACGACGCCCGUCCUAUCACCCUACUCUUACUCGUACUCCCCGGCCGAUUGGAAGAUGCGCUACUGGGAUGGUCCCCGGAGUGCAACGGUGGGGAGAGUCAGCGUGCGUCAUGUUGUCACUCACACGGUGACGUAUAAGCGGACGCAACUUGAGGAUCCGCCCAAGGGGAAGCGGAGAAAGCAUAACGAGACCAAGCAGGAGGAGGAGGAAGAAGAAGAUUCCUAA